AUGGAUCAACACAGUUACUACUACCGGCCAUUUAACCACCAGCAACACCCCCCGGCUUCAGAAGUCCCUCCGUACUACGCCCCAGCAUCACCAAGCGACUUCAUUUACAAUUCCGCCAAUACCACCAGCAUCUUUGUUCCUUCUAUCUCCAACGAGAUAACGUCAACACUCGCUUAUCCAUCAGGGACAAUGGGCUACGGCCCCUCUAGGCCUGUUGAGCAGUCGUUCCCUACUUACCUACCUAGUUUACCUAGCCUACAGGCACCAAGUCUACCGCAACCAGCACCGGGCUUUGAGGAGCAUAGACGCCAGCGGCAAUCGACGAUGACUAUGGGACCAGGACCGUCAAAGUUGGUACCACCACCGUUGGAAUUGAAUGAUGACAGCGGGGCCAAACCUAGGAAUUCCAGAGGUUCUAGAGGUUCUAGAGGCUCUAGUGAGUUUUCAGUGGUGGUCAACCAAGAGGAGGGAUCGUCUAGUCCGGUUUUGGUAUCAAUACCAAUGAAGAAGUGGGAGCCGAGGAUGCCAACGGAAAGGAUGGAGAAUGAGUUGGAGAGUGGCAGUGGCGCCUGGGAAGAGAGGGGCGAGGGAGUGAUGGAGAGGGUUGUGAUGCCGCCGGUGGUGCCAAGUGUGGGUACGGCCAUGGGUAUGGGGAUGGGGAUGGAAGCAACAAUAAUGCCAAAGAUGGGCCUGUUCAAACCCAUUAGGUGGGAUGGGCCGUCUUCUUCUUCUGCUUCUGCUUCGAGAUCUUCGAGAUCUUCGAGGUCUUCGAAGGCUAAGGCUAAGGCGAGGAGGGCUCGUGCUUGGGAAAUGGAUGAUAAAGAAUCUGGUCGAACUUAUGGAAGCCAAAACGGAAACGGAAACGGAAACGGAAACGGAAACGGAAACGGGAACAGAAACAGAAACGGAAACGAAGAAACCAAAGACGAACAACCCAGCAGCGCCCCUAUUUCCUCCUCUUCGGCUUCCCAUUCUCGCUCCCCAAAGAGACUCAAAACCUCAACCUCAGGUCCCACCUUUCGUCCAGGCUCAGCUUCAGCUUCAGCGGAGACAGAGACAGAAACAGAAACAACAAUAACCGUCAAAAUCAAGCAAGAACCAGGUCUCUCGCCUUCACCCUCCGCCAUCUUCGCUCAGAUUCCCAUGUACAACGGUACCAUCAACAACGAUACUGGGAAUGGGUAUGAAUCCUCCGGUCCCCAUGACAAUCUCCCGUCAUCACGGAGUAUCAGCCCCUUGACCCGGGUUCCGACACCUCGUCGUCUCUUGUUCCCGACUCCAAAUCGGUGUUUAAGUGGAACGGUUUCCCGGCCUUCACUGAGAGGAGUGGGUAGACAGUUGAAGAAGAGGAAUUGGCAGAUGGCUUUGGAUCGGGAUCGGGAGGAAAGCCGGGAACGGAGUAGGGAACGAAGAGGGCAGGGGUUUUGGAGUUUAGCUGGUGGCCAAGAGCAGACUCGGGCUCAGGGUGUUAGUAUUGCUGCUCAGCAGGAACAACAUCAACACCGAGGAUCUUCCGAGGAAAGAGAAGAAGGCUGGACAACCAUCUCAGGCAGCAGUGAAGAAGGAGAAGAGAGAGAUGACGAUGCACCCGGUAAUGCCCAUCGAUCUUCACCUUUCUUUCCUUAUACCGAUCAGGAGUGGUGUCACCCCUUUUCAUCAUCAGCAUCAGCAUCAUCGGCACCUGUCCCUGGAUCCAGUUCGUCGGCGAGAUAUGGUCCUGGAUCCGCGCCGUCAUUGUCGGCUUCGCAACUGAGAGAGGAGCAAUACCGGCAGGCUAUUCAGAUGGUGCAAGACACUUGUCUUGAGGCUACUAAGCGGUAUAUUAGGGCGCAUUGCGUGAAUCGGGGGGCUCGUGGGGGUGACAGCCCGAACACCAAUAUCUCGUCUGUGAACGAGACCCGGUCCGCGUCUGCACGAAAGGCGAGGAGGAUACGCAAACUUAACCAACGUCAUGCCUCUUCCAGUUCCAGUUCCUCCUCCUCCUCCUCACCCUCACCACCACCAGCACCAUAUUCACGGCAGCAGCGUUGCAGAGGUAAAGGCAAACGCAGCCAAAACCGAACGCAAAAGCGCACCACCACAACCCCUUCCUCCUCUUCCUCCUCGCCCCAUCCCCAUCCCCAUCCUCAACCGGAACUCCAGUGUACAUCCUCCCUCCUCCCCAACAUCUCCCAAAUCUGCACCCUCCUCUGGUCGCGCUCUCAAUCGCUCCGGCUGCACGACAUCGACAGCAUAGAACUCCAUACCGCGCAAAACAUGUACUGGCUUUUGGAGUGGGCGGAGACUGUGGCUUUUGCUGUUGCUCCCAAUCCCUCCUCCACCGUACUACCAAACCCAGAUUCGACAUCCGCCGGGACGUCAGUUGGUUCCUCAUCGAUCCCCGGUUUCGGUGUUUCUUCCUUGAUGGAAAAUAUGGCCGCAAGCGGAAGAGGAGGACAGUGGAAUCGCCCAUCUCCUUCUUUUUAUCGCCGAGAGCGGGAUCCAAGUCCUUGGGAGAAUUUUGACAAGGGUUCCUUGAAUGAGGAGGGGUAUAUGUGGAGGAGAAGAAGAAAUAGCGAGGAGGGAGGUGGAGGGUUUGAGAUGUUGGAGGAGAGCAGAAACGGAGCGGUUUGUUGGAGCCAGCAAGUGGAGGGGGAGAUGAAGAGAGUGUUUGACGAGGGAGGCAUGCUUUGUGAGUUUCUGGGGUAUGGGGAGGGGGUGGAGAGGUUGGGUAGGGUUAGGGGGUUUUAUGGGUUUUGA